AUGGAAGAUAACUCUAUUAAUAUUACGUCAUCAAGAGACGCGUACCCUCAACCAUCACCGAUGAAAUUAUUCGGAUUUCCGGUCACCGGACCGACGACAUUAGAGCAGAUUGAUGGAGAAAAUAGACGAUUUGAAUGUCAACAUUGCAGCAGAAAAUUUGCUAAUUCUCAAGCAUUAGGUGGCCAUCAGAAUGCACACAAAAAGGAAAGGCAAAGAGCAAAAAGGGUUUAUAACUAUAUGAGUGAUCAUAGAAGAUUUGGACCAAAUGCUGCAAUAAUCAAUCCACAUGCAGCUCGAUCGAGGCCAGUGGUGGCACCGCCGUCUAUUGGCGGCUAUGGUGCAAGAUUUCGUCCUCUGCACGUAUUGUCAGGUGUACCUCUGAGAUAUCCCGGUGGACUUCAGGUUGCGCCGCCACGACUGGUGGCGCUUGUCGGCCGAGAUAACAUGGGGCCCUCGGAAUUAACAAGCUUACCUGCUGAGAUCAAUGAUGGAGUGGACGUCGAUCUCCAUCUAUAA